AUGUCUCUCGUCAAAAGACCGAAAGAGAAGAAGUCUGGCAAAGGCUGCUGGACGUACACGGAAGUCCUCUCUCGUAUGAUAACAACUAUUGAUGAUUGUUUGAACGGUUUCCGAAAUUACUUGCUCCCAAACGCACUUGCGGACCGCUACCUUUCCUGUCUGAGCCUAAGAUAUGCAAUCCUUGCUGUGUCCGCAUAUCAUUUAUGGGGAACUGAAGCUGCAGUACAAUACAAGAUUUCUGCAAUACGGCUUCUCUCGCAAUCUAUUCAAACAGGGGGAGGCGGACGUCGAGGGCAAUUUGCCACAUGUAUGAUGCUCUGUGUGGGUGAUGUUUUUGACGGCCUUGAUGGAAGCUGGCUUACACAUUUAAAAGCUGCAAGAGCCAUCGGAUUGACAAUGACGAAAGAUCACUUCUUGAAUACUUGGCUCUUGUACCAUGAUGUUCUAGCAGAUUUCAGUCAGGGAACGGGGCAGAGAAAAUCUAUAAGUAAUACAUUUCUCGGGGCUCCGAGCGCGAAUCCUGAGAACAAAAUUAUCAUUGGAUCUUUGGGGUGCUCGCUAGAAGUCCUUGAAUGCAUAUCGUGCAUCAAUGAGCUUUCGAAAAUUCCUGAAGAACAAGGAGAAUAUCGGGACUUUGCGCAAGGGUUGGUGAAACAACUCGAAAGCGCCCAACAAAUCUCCGCAAUCAUGGAAGACGACACUACCGGCAAGAUUGAUCAAAUCAAAAUAGAAAAUACAGCCGAACUUUACCGGCUGGGGGCGCUCAUAUAUCUCCAUUCGGUGCUUUCUAUACCUUCCGACUCCGAUGUGAUACAAGACCUGGUGAGCAAGGCUUUGGCCAUUCUUACUAGAAACGGUGUCUGCACAAGUCCUUGGCCAUUAUUCAUCACAGCAUGCGAGAUACUGUCUGACGAGCAAAGGAUCCAAAUCCUAGAUGCUUUGGAAGAUAUGCAGAGUGAAAGGAGAAUAGGAAAUCUAGAAAUAGUGAGAGGGAUUAUAGAAACUGUGUGGAAGCAAAUGGAUUUGGCGGAAGGUAAUGUCGUAACCUCUUCAAGAAUUGCCUCAGUGGCAGUAGCACCCACUCUUUUGACACCUAACGCCCUCACUCUUAAUAAAUCAUCUAAAGUUCUCACUCCUCUAGCAGCCUCAAUCUGCAAUAUUUCCUUCACACUUUUCCGCAUUAGAUCCAGAUGCGAUAACGUGGCGCCUUCUUAA